UUUAAGGGAUACCUGCGCUGAACUGUUUCUACACGGUAACUCCAUUCUUUAGCUUUGUGCUUAUGGUGCUCAGUGCCUCAUUAUGGUCAUUAUAUUGGAUGGAUUCUUGUAAAAUAUUAACACGCUGUGCUUCAUAAGUUGAAGACAUCCAGUGUGGUGAUUAGUGGAAGAUUGUAAUCACAGCAGCAUGGCCGACUCUAGUGCCCAGCCACCAGCCCCUACCAAACUUGUCCAGGUGCAGGACCAAGUCAACGAUGUCAAAGUCAUUCUGAAAGACAACAUCAACAAAGUGCUGGAGAGAGGAGAACGAUUAGAUGAGCUCAUUGACAAAACUGAUGAUCUCCAGGCAACAGCAGACUCCUUUCAAAAGACAGCUACCCGCGUGUCCCGAAAAUACUGGUGGAAGAACAUGAAGAUGAUGAUAAUCAUAGGCGUGAUCGUGUUGAUUGUUGUGAUCCUCAUCAUUUUAUUUGCCACAGGAGUCAUUCCUUCAUAAUUAGACAAGCUAAGAUGUUUUUAAAAAUAUGUAAAUAUAAAACUGUACAUAACUGCAUAUACUACUGCACAAUACAAAAUGUGGAUAUUUUAACAUAGCUGAUAUGUUUGAGUAAGGUAGCACUUCAGCAGUCUCAACCACCAAAAUCCACAAUAUUUUU